GUGAGACGUCGCUUGGGAAGCGCCCCCUUUAGCAAGGGGACCAGUGCGCAUGCGCGGAUCAUUCGCUCAUUGGUGGUGUAGCUAACAGGCUAAGCUACGAAUCCAACGAACAUGGAGAGAAAAGUUCUGGCACUGCAGGCGAGGAAGAAGAGGGGGAAAGCCAAGAAGACCAGCAAAAAGCAGCCAGUCAAUUCCAGAGCUCGACAUCAUCCCCAGCAAGAAGCCUCGCCUCAGGAGCCCGAGGAACCCGAGGAGAUCCUCGGCUCUGACGAUGAGGAGCAGGAGGACCCCAACGACUACUGCAAAGGUGGUUAUCACCAUGUGAAAGUAGGAGACCUUUACGGUGGAAAAUACCAUGUGAUCCGGAAACUGGGCUGGGGACACUUCUCCACCGUGUGGCUCUCCUGGGACAUCCAGGUGAAGAGGUUUGUUGCCAUGAAGGUGGUGAAGAGUGCAGAGCAUUACACGGAGACUGCAGUGGAUGAGAUCAAACUCCUCAGAUCCGUGAGAAACUCAGACCCCAAUGAUCCCAACCGGGAGAUGGUGGUCCAAAUGGUAGAUGACUUCAAGAUCUCUGGUAUCAAUGGAACCCACGUCUGCAUGGUGUUUGAGGUGUUGGGGCAUCACUUGUUGAAGUGGAUAAUAAAGUCUAAUUAUCAAGGCCUGCCCCUGCCCUGUGUGAAAAGCAUCAUAAGACAGGUACUCCAAGGUCUGGAUUACCUGCACACAAAGUGUCAGAUCAUCCACACAGACAUCAAGCCAGAGAAUAUCCUGAUGAGUGUCGAUGAGCCUUAUGUCCGGAAGCUCGCAGCUGAAGCCACGGAGUGGCAGAGGGCUGGGGCACCGCCUCCCUCUGGUUCAGCAAUAAGCACAGCACCUGCUCCAAAACAGAUGGUCAAAAUGUCCAAAAACAAGAAAAAAAAAUUAAAAAAGAAGCAGAAGCGUCAGGCGGAACUGCUGGAAAAGUGCAUUCUGGACCUCGAGGAGAUGGAAAAGACCACAGAGACACGAGAGGAUGAAGAAGACGAAGAUGAGGACCCACAGUCUCCAAAGGGACGAGCGUGCGCUCCUCUCAGACAGGUGUCUGUCCUGGAGCUGGCCAAUGAGGAAACAAAGGAGAGCAGCGUGGAUGCCGAUCUCACAAGGGCGGAACCUGAGGGCCUGUUGGAGUUUAACUGUAAUGGCCACGUGGAGGCGGACCAGACGCAGUCCCCUUCGAGGGACGAAGACCAAAACAAUGGCAACGCGGAGCCCACAGAGGAGGAGCAUCGCGACGGGUCCCCGGUUCACCUCGUCUGCAACGGUGCAGACUCUCCAGAUCUCAAGGAGUUUGCUCCUGAGGCGGGAGGCCGGGGAGCGCACAGCAGUGAAGUAACUGAGAGGCACCUCCCUGAUGGGCUGGAGGAGGGAGAGCUGGAUCAAGGCACUUUGCAGGGGGGAGCAGAGGACGGGCGCGAAAGCAUGAACGGCAAGCUGACAGCAGGAUCCCUGUUAGUUAACCCCCUUGAGCCACUCAAUUCAGACAAGAUCAAGGUCAAGAUUGCGGACUUGGGAAAUGCUUGCUGGGUGAACAAGCACUUUACUGAGGACAUCCAGACACGGCAGUACCGGUCCUUGGAGGUGCUCAUCGGUGCGGGCUACAGCACACCGGCCGACGUGUGGAGCACAGCCUGCAUGGCCUUUGAGCUCGCCACAGGGGACUACUUGUUUGAGCCACAUUCUGGGGAGGACUAUUCCAGGGAUGAAGACCAUCUUGCUCUCAUGAUUGAGUUGCUCGGUAAGAUCCCUCGUCACUAUGCCCUGAGUGGGAAAUACUCGCAGGAAUACUUCACCAAGAGAGGGGAUUUGAAACACAUCACCAAGCUGAAGCCCUGGGGCCUGCUGGAGGUGCUGGUGGACAAGUACGAGUGGCCCCGAGAAGAAGCAGAGUGCUUCACUGACUUCCUGCUUCCCAUGCUGGCACUGAUCCCAGAGAAGAGAGCUACCGCCGCAGAGUGCUUGCUGCACCCCUGGCUCAACCUCUAGUGGAGACCUCCAGCCAUUGCACUCUCCUUCUCUCCCUCCCCCCUCCUUUUCUCUCCAGAGACUGCAACAGAUCACUUUCCAGUUUGGGCAUAUCAAAUGAAUAUUUAUUUCUACUUCUUUUUUAGUUUCAUUGAUUUGGUUAUUUUCUGUUUUUGUUAUUGAACUAAUGCUUCUGUGUAUGUUUGCUUUGUUUUCAUUGGUUCUUCUCUCGGUGGGAUGACGUCAGGAAUCCAGUGCUUUAUAUUACUUUUUGGUCAUGUUGGUUCCAUUCUGCUGUGCUCCGUUCCCCACCCGACUAAGCAAACCUGUUGUACUGCUAGUGACUCAUCCUUGUUUGUUACACUCCUGCACUAAACAAAUUAAGGAUAUGUAGCCUUCCUUGGUCAUUCUGUCCCCUUUUUUAAAAGCAUCUGCUAUUAAUACUUGAGCAUUUUCAUUCGUGCUGUGUUGUUUUUAAAAAAAUGAUUUGAUCUUAUAUUAAACAUGUAAGGUGAACACUUUGUAUUUGUAAACUAGGCAUAAGGAGUUGCACACUGGGCUGACAUGUACACUGACUGUCACAGCAUUUCUUAGAGACAGCCACUGUCUCAUAAUUUAGGUCAUAUUAUUUAGUCUGAACAGAUCUGUUGUCAUCUCGUACUUAGUGUGGUUAGUUAAUUAUAAUAAAUUAGGAACAUAACUCUCCGUGGGAGGCUGGUAUUCUCAUUGAAAUUAAUACAAAUCAGGAAUACAUUGUUUUGAAGGUUUAAACAAAACUUGUUAAGAAGCCUUGUUAAAAGGAAGAAAAAAAAAGAUAAUAAACUGUACAUAUCUGUACCAAAGAGUUUGCCUUUCUGUAUAUUAUAGUUAUGUACAGUUUUUAAUAAAUCUUAUAUCUUAGCUAAAGUAAUUUAGCUGGGUAGCUGUGUUUUAAUAAAGUGUAUUCAAGAUGUGUUCAAGCUCAUUUGUAUGUAUGGCCAACUGUUCAAUAAUCUGUUCUUAGCAACAAAGGGUGAGAUACGAUGUUCUGAAAUUGAUCCAAUCAAAGUAACCUAUGAAUCUAUCAAACCUAGGUAAAAACAAAAUGUAUUCAUUAGUGUCCAAUUCAACAACAUGGACUUUGUGUAAGCUGAAGGUUUACAGAAACACACCAUACAAUAAAAACAGA